CAGGGGUGGACUGAGAACUCAUGGGGCCCCUGGGCAAUAGGGGAUCAUGGGGCCCCCAUGUCCUUGCCCAAACUCAAAAAAGCCUAUGAAAAAGGUACCAGGGGCAUCUCAUGGGGCCCCCUACUGAUCCCGGGCCCUCGGGCAGUGCCCGAGUUUCCAAAUGGUCAGUCCGCCCCUGGGAAGAAGAUACCUUCAUUGAAUCAGAACUGGUGCUCUACACCCUAAACGAACAUAACCUCAAAGGUCACCGUGGCUGGUGGCUCUUCAGAUUAUACAGGUACAUCUGCACAGCAUAAUUUAUUAAUUUUAUUUUAU